AUGGCAUCGCCUUUGAAACCGAUGUUAGCAACAUUGCUGCUUUUAGCCAUUGCCUUCCCUAAUUGCCAGGCAAAAUCAAAACCUUCCCUCUUAGGGAAACAAGCCAUUCACCAUGCAAUUGGACGACGACUAGCCCACGACAUUGAACUUCCCAAAAGGCAUAAACCAAAGUUCCAGCCAGGCCCAUGGAAGGAAGCUCAUGCAACUUUCUAUGAAGGCGGCUCAGGAACAUUCGGGGGAGCAUGCAAUUACAAAGAUGUUGCGGGCCAAGGAUAUGGCAUGAAUACAGCUGCACUGAGCAGUGUUCUGUUCAAAAAUGGACAGGCCUGUGGUGCUUGUUUCGAAAUCAAGUGCGCAGACAACCCUCAAUGGUGCAAGCUAGGGCAGCCAUCUCUCAUUGUCACUGCAACUGACCAUUGCCCACCAAAUCCAUCUCUCCCAAAUGACAAUGGAGGCUGGUGCAAUGAGCCACGUGAGCAUUUCGAUGUAGCCAAGCCUGUAUUUAGCCAGCUUGCUGAGUACAAGGCCGGCAUUAUCCCAAUCCAAUAUCGCAGGGUUCCAUGCCAGAAGCAAGGAGGUAUUCGAUUCACUAUAUUGGGGAAUCCUUGGUUCUAUCAGGUCAUUGUGUGGAAUGUAGGGGGAGCUGGAGAUGUUGUUGGUGUUCAAGUGAAGGGCGAUGACAAGCUCAAGUGGACGCAAAUGGAACGAGAUUGGGGGACAACUUGGAAAACCAGUGCUAUUUUGCUUGGAGAGUCACUAUCCUUCCGUGUUAGUGCAAGCGAUGACAGGGACUCCACUUCAUGGCAUGUUACCCCUAAAAACUGGCAAUUUGGCCAGACAUACGAGGGCAAGAACUUCAAAUAG